GUUUUCAAUCACACUCAUCAUUCUUUCUUUUGCUUUAAAAUAUCAAAAGGGGUUGUUGAAGUUGAAGGGGUGGAAAUAAGUAGAGCGAUGUAAGAGUAAGAGUACUAAGUUGAAGAAACAGAGAAGAAAGGAAAUGAAGUGAAUGUGUGAAGAAACAAAACACUAUAAAGAUCCAUUACAAGUGAAACAAGGCACCAACUGAGAUCAGAUCAAUCAAGUUCCCAAGUUACAAAAUGCGAUUUUGGGUAUGGGGUCUCAACCUUGUUCUCAUACUUUCAAUCCUCAGCCAGUUCUCAAAAAUUGCUGCAGAGGAAGCUUCACCAUCACAGGCUCCAAUCUGUUCAGAAGAAGAUAGAGCUUCUCUGCUAAGAUUCAAAGCAGGGAUACUGCAGGACACAACAGAGACACUGUCUUCAUGGACCGGAAAAGACUGCUGUGAUGGCGGUUGGGAAGGAGUUCAAUGCAAUCCUUCGACGGGGCGAGUCAAUGUGCUGCAGAUACAGAGGCCUGAAAGAGAUAGUGACACAUUCAUGAAGGGAACUCUGUCUCCUUCAUUAGGCAAUUUGCACUUUCUAGAGGUAUUGAUUAUCAGUGGAAUGAAGCAUAUUACUGGACCAAUUCCUCCUAGCUUAUCGAAUUUAACCCGCCUUACGCAGCUAGUACUCGAAGACAAUUCUCUUGGAGGUUACAUUCCUCCCAGUUUAGGCCGUUUAUCAUUGCUGCAGACACUUUCACUUAGUGGAAACCAUCUCAAGGGGCAAAUCCCUCCAACACUAGGGAGUCUGAGAAACCUUGUCCAGAUCAAUUUGGCAAGAAAUCUCUUGUCAGGUCCUAUACCCUUGAGUUUCAAACCCCUUAGGAACAUGCAAUACCUUGAUCUUAGCUACAAUUUGCUAUCCGGGUCUAUCCCGGAUUGUAUAGGUGAGUUCAAAAACUUGACUUAUAUAGACCUGUCUAAUAACCAACUAGCAGGAAGAAUUCCAGUGUCCUUGUUCAGCCUUGUCAAUCUUUUAGAUUUGUCCUUGAGCUUUAACCACCUCACAGGAAUCAUUCCAGACCAAUUUGGAAGCCUGAAAUCCUUAACAACUCUUCAGCUCAGCAGUAACCAGCUCACAGGACAUGUUCCACUAUCCAUAUCAAGAUUGCAGAACAUUUGGUACCUUAAUUUAUCAAGAAAUGGCCUAUCUGAUCCCUUACCAGCUAUCCCUCCUAAGGGAAUCCCUUCCCUUUUGUCCAUAGACCUAUCUUACAAUAAUCUCAGCCUUGGAAGUAUUCCUGAUUGGAUCAGAACCAAGCAGCUCAAAGAUGUCCAUUUAGCAGGGUGUAAAUUGAAGGGACCUCUGCCACAUUUCAAUAGACCUGACUCUUUGAACUCCAUAGACCUAUCAGACAAUUACCUAGUUGGUGGCAUUUCAAAUUUCUUCACAAACAUGUCUAGCUUACAAAUGGUUAAGCUCUCAAACAACCAAUUGAAGUUUGACAUUUCUCAGAUGAAAGCACCAGAAGGGUUAUCUUCCAUAGACUUGCAUGGAAAUCAGCUAGUGGGUUCACUAUCCACAAUCCUAAAUAACAGGACAACAAGUUCUUUGGAGGUUAUAGAUGUAUCAAACAAUUUCAUUUCAGGUCGCAUACCGGAAUUCAUUGAAGGAUCAAGCUUGAAGGUGCUAAACUUGGGGUGCAACCAGAUAUCAGGUUCAUUGCCAGUUUCAAUCUCAAAUUUGAUGGAACUAGAGAGAUUGGAUAUUUCAAGGAAUCACAUAUCAGGAAGCAUCCCUACAGGUUUAGGUCAGUUGGUAAAACUGCAAUGGCUUGACAUAUCCAUAAAUGGAUUAACAGGACAAAUUCCAAGUAGCCUGUCACAGAUCAGUAAUCUAAAGCAUGCAAACUUCAGGGCAAACAGGCUAUGUGGAGAGAUACCACAGACAAGACCAUUCAAUAUCUUUCCACCAGUUGCUUAUGCCCACAAUUCUUGUUUGUGUGGCAAGCCUUUACAGCCAUGUAAGGGAAACCUACAGAAGAAGAUAGGUCAGUGAGAUGCUGACCAAAUCAUCAAGCUAGUACAAGUGCUCAUGAAUUGUGAUCACUGUUACAUGAGCAAUAUAGAAUAGGCACCACCACAUUUCAUUCUUUCUUUACUAUUUCUACGGUUGACCGCAAUCCUUAAGUUCAUUUUAAAUUCAAUACUAUUUAUAUUUAUAAUAAGACAUGCCAAAAUCUUUUAUUGUUCAUUA